UGGCACCAGAGCUGAGAGACGCAGCCAUGAGCAACUGGAGGUCUUGGUGGCGCCAUUGGACGGACAGCAGCAACAUCCAGCCCUUGACCCUCACCCGGUGGAAGCGCCAGUGGGAAGGGAAGAAUGCUCAAGGAGAAAAUGAAAACCAGAGUUUCAUCAACCGGCAUGACAUCGUCUUCUCUCGAGAUGCCUGGGACAUGCAGGAGUUCUUCGCCAAGAUGUGCAUCAGGCAGCUGCUGCAGCACCCGGCCUUUCAGGCUCUCCUGGCAGUCCUGCUGGUCGUCAACGCCUUCACCAUCGCCCUCCGCACCGAUGUCUCGCUCAGCCAGAGACACUAUGAACUGUUCUCCGCCUUGGAUGACAUUGUGCUGACCAUCCUCUUCUGCGAGGUCUUGCUUGGCUGGUUCAACGGCUUCUGGAUCUUUUGGAAGGAUGGCUGGAACGUCCUGAACUUCAUCAUCGUCCUUAACCUCUCCCUGGCGCUCUUCUUUGACUCGAUGAAGAGUAACGCUUUCCUCUAUACCCUCAGGUUGGUGCGCCUGGUGCAGGUCUGCAUGGCAGUGGAACCGCUGGCCCGGAUCAUCCGCGUCAUCGUGCAGUCGGUGCCGGACAUGGUCAACAUUAUGGUGCUCAUCUUCUUCUUCAUGCUGGUUUUCUCCGUGUUUGGCGUCACCCUGUUCGGCAACUACAUGCCCAAACACUUCCAGAAUAUCCAGGUGGCCCUCUACACGCUCUUCAUCUGCAUCACGCAGGAUGGCUGGGUGGACAUAUAUAACGAAUUCCAGAUGGAGCGGGGCCAGUACAGCCUGCAGGUUGGGAGCGCUCUCUACUUUUCCAUCUUCAUCACCGUCGGCGCCUUCAUCGGCACAAACCUGCUGGUGGUCGUGGUGACCACCAACCUGGAGCAGAUGAUGAAGAUGCAGGAGACGUUACUGAUGCAAAAACAGCAGCAGGAGCAAUUUGCCAAUAUAGAGUUCAGCAUGGACGACGACGGAGCCCCAGAGCUGCAGCUGGUCCACUGCAAGGACGUCCAGGAGGAGUCCGCCCAGUUGCCCACCAAGAUGCCCCUGGGGACCAGGCCCCUGAGGAACCUGACCGACCACACGAUCGAUGACUUCUGCCUGGUGCUGGAGGCCAUCCAGGAGAACCUCUACCAGUACAGGCAGAUCCGGGAUGAGCUGAACAGGAUUGUGGAGGAAGUGCGCUCCAUCCGCUUCAACCAGGAGCAGGAAGAGGAGGUAAUGCAACGGCAGUCGACCCCUCUGGGCCCCACGGGCAGCGCCAUCUCCAUAAACGUCGCCGGGGACACCAAGACGGACCUCAUCACUGCCCUCAUAAACUUGGACCGGGAAUCUUCCUCCACCUUCCCUCUUAAGGGAGGAAACCUGCCUCGGAAGCAGAGCUGAUGGAAGUGGAAAAGCCCCAGGCUCGUCUAGCGGCUCACUCGCCGCCCUUCCCUCCCUCCGUGGUGCCCCCUCGCCCCCGGGCACGGCCUGCCCCGUGAGCUGGUCCCGUCUGCCCCCUCCUGCGAGGCCUCCUCCCCACGUGAGGUCGGCUUCUCCUCGAGGCCGUCGGCCGCGAAUUCUGCCCAGAUGGAGAGCGCCAGCGGGGUGAGGAUGAGAGGAGGAGCUGGACCCGGAGGGGCCGGAGCCAGGGCCCGCGGGAACCGAGAAGAGGGUCCAGCCCGGCGACGGGCACCGCCGGUGGCGGUGGCUCCUCGGUGGGGCAUCGGGCGCCUGCCAAGAAGCUGGGCCCUAGGGUGGGCUGGACGCAGAGCCCUGGGAGGCGCAGGGGCCGCUGGGGAGGGAAGGCUGGUCCUGCCAGGCUCGUGUGUUGGAAGAAUAAAGCGUUCUGAGACCUGCUGCUCCCCAGCA